GAAUUUGCACGACUUUUUCUGGCGCGGAUUUUGAGUGUUUUGAACUGGCGAUGCCAAUCGACGCGGCGUCGCUUCCUGGUCACAAAAAGAUUGUGCAAAAUACUAAAAAAGAAUAAAUGAAAAGGCACAGUUUGCGAAAUCUAAGAGGUUUUCAUUGCUUGCGCUUUCCCUGCGUGUGUGCGGUGUUGCAAAAGUGCUGGGAAGUUCUGCUAGUGCAACUUGAGAAGCAAAUCCCUCUUGUAAGGUUUGUUUCAUCCUUGUGCAUCUUUGAGGUUAGAACUCACCCUUCUUGUGGGUAAAGAGAAAAGUGGAAAAAAGAUGAAGGUUUUCUCCUCCGGAAGGCCCUUCCGGACAUUUGGGUGAUAAAUUUUGGGACAAACUGUAUUUGGUGUGGGAUCACGGAACUUAAACAAUGUCCCGCCAAAGCAGUGAACGACGAAUUGGCCUACCCUUGCGUGUGGAGAAUUUCUACUAUAAGCACGGCCUGUUCCUAUCCAGCUACCCAACAUGUGCCACCAGCUGUGCCAUUGUAAUUCUCCUCUUUUGCUGGUAUCCGCUGAUUUAUAUACCCCUACCGGGUACGAUUCCUACGAAAGUUGUCCUACCGUACAGUGUGGACAGUGCCAAGGAGAAUGCCACGACAAUCUUUGAGCUAAACAACAUCACAAGUAGCUUUGAACCACCCUUCCCGUGGGCACACUUGGAACCCUUCAUCUAUGUCCAACAAAUUGUGCUACGUGCAAGUGUAACGCCAUGGAAUGGGAAUCUCAUUCUAACAGACGCAUACAGAGCACCCCUAGCAGAAGCUUUCAAGCUUCUCGAGAUUAUACGAAACCAUGAGGUUGCGGAAACCCACGUCACUCUGGGCAAUCUCUGCCUCCACGUAGAAAAUGUGAAGACAUUCAAAGCAAAAGAUACAGUGUUCCCAGAAUACAAUUGUCUCAUCCUAUCACCGGCUAAUUUUUGGUAUCAAAAUGCACAGCUCUUCAACAAGGAUACCGCCCUUCUCAACACAAUCUUCCAGUUUCACAACCUACAAAAGACCAAGGUUUCUGUGGCGGAAAUGCUCUUUGGAAUCUCAAUACGUGAUACCGGUGUAAAGAGGUACCCCAUACGGGCACGACCUCGGGUCAUUCAAUUUGCUGUAACACUAAUUCUGCGUGAGAGAAAUCAGGAGUUCUUGUCAACACUCAAGGAAAAGCUAACAAAACUCUAUACAUUGCAUCAUGCAUCCAAUAAUGGACAGCAUCGUGAAUAUUUGACGUAUAUCUACUACCCAGGAGAAUUUCGUGUAUUAGAAGUGAUGCCAUUGGCUAUUACCUUUAUCCUUCUAUUCUACUACGUGUACUUCUCCCUGCGGAAAAUCGAUCUCAUCCGUUCGCGCCUUCUUCUUGCCUUUACGGCCGUCUUCACUGUCCUCGGUAGUCUCAUCAUGUCCCUUGGAUUGUGCUUCUUCUUCGGCCUCACCAUUAGUAUCCAAUCGAAAGGGAUUUUCCCGUACCUUGUCGUCCUUGUGGGUCUCGAGAAUGUUCUCGUCAUCACAAAAUGCAUAACAUCCACAGAUGAGAAGCUAGACGUGAAAAUUCGUGUGGCAAAAGGUUUAGCCAAUGAGGGGUGGUCUAUAUCCAAGACACUUCUCACUGAAAUUACAAUUCUCACCGUUGGAUUGGCUACUUUUGUCCCCGUUAUACAAGAAUUCUGCAUAUUUGCCAUUGUGGGCCUAAUUUCGGACUACUUCCUGCAAAUGAUGCUCUUCUCCACCGUCUUAGCACUGAGCAUUCGACCCUUUGAACAUGGGGUACAUUUGAAGCAAUCUAAAAAAGAUACAAAUACCACGCUAGGAUCCCAGACAAGACUUAGGUAUUCAUCCUCAGCACAUGCCACAACAAUAUCACGAUCACAGAGCCAUCCAAAGCUCAGUGGUUUAAUGUUGGACUCAGUAAAUCACAUCUCAACUGAUGUUAUUCCAACACCCUCGGUGACGGAUAAGAAGAUACCAAAGCGUGUGAAAUUUGUAAAUUUUUGGGCAAGGACGCGUUUCUUUCAGCGUGCAUUUAUGAUUUGGAUGAUUGUGUGGAUUUUCUCAAUUAUCUACAAUUCAAACAUUCUUGAGAGUUUAUUUGUAAUUGAUACAACAACAGAAAUCAAUAGUUUGCCAAUUGAACCAGAAAGGCCAGAGGGUGUGCGAAAGAUGCAGGAGGAUGAGAUAAUUUUUAAGAUGGCCAGUACAAAAUCACCCAUCUAUGAGUCACACAUGGUUGAGGCGCACGAUGAUUCCUUUAUGAAUAUCAGUGAGCAAAUAAGUAAGUUGAGGCAUCCGGAAUAUGAUGCAAAUCACUAUUUGUCCAACUUCCACUGGUCCGCUAUACUGCGACAGUACAACAUAUCGAUGAGUCGAAAAUAUGUGACGAUCUUGCCGACAAUAAGGCUAUCGCAUGCAAUUGCCCCGGAAGUGGCGAUUGCACUGAGGAAUCCAGAAGAGAAAAAUCCACAGCAAUUUCAGUGGAAGGCCCUUGCCGUGGCAUUGGAUCCCAUUGAUUUUUCCGAUAUGGAACAUCAGGAGUCACCAUCACUCAGUACGGCUAGUAUGCCAUUCUACCCAAAGAGUCCCAUGGAGAUCUUUCUCGCCAGUAUCCUGUGUGCAAUAAGCAUUUUUGUCCUCACCUACACCCUCGUUGUACUCUAUCGAUGCAUCUGUACGCGAAACUAUGCGGAAUGGCGUUCUAGUUGGUCCGAUGCAGACCCAAUGGCACGCCCACGUGUUGAACAAGUCAUCCAGAGUUCUACACCAAUUGCCGUGACAGGACACCGACAUAGGGUUGAAUGUUUGGCAAUGGAUGGCAUUAUGGUGGCUAGUUCUUGCCUCGAGGGAUACAUCCGCAUAUGGGAUGUGAAUGGAGGUGAAUUAAUUACGGAGAUAAAUCGAUUGGAAUUUUUUAAGGAUAAUCUAAACCAAAGAAAUUGCUCUCCCAUUUGGUGUCUCGAUUUCGUUGAUAGUCUCAUAGCUGUUGGAUGUUCAGACGGUAGAAUUGAAUUCUGGGAAGGAAGCACUGGGAAUCUUAAGUGUGUUUUGGAUGAUGAUAAAAAUGUCCGAAAUGGGGUGACUCAUAUAAAAUUGACGGGUGAUCGUGUUAUUGUUGCUAGACUAUGUGGGCGAGUUGAUUUUCUCCGUUUGGAAACUUACAGUCAAGGUAAACAAAUUGACUGGGGAUUCACAUCGGCAUACCGAAGAACUCACAUGAGAACGGGAUCUACGGGAAGUUUAGCACUUAUACAUCACAGCACAGCUACAGGGGAAGAAUUAAGGUGUAUUGUGGAAAUUCAGCACAGAGCCCAUCAGCAAUCCAUCACAUGUCUCGAAGUAAUGCACGGAACUGUCUUCACCGGUAGCCAAGAUAACACAUUGAAGGUGUUCAAAUUGGACAACAGAAGUCUUCAGUACACCCUCCAUGGUCACUAUGGGCCAAUCACAUGUCUUUUUAUUGAUCAAAAUCAUCCAGGAACUGGGGGAUCUGGAUCACAAGAAGGACUUCUCUGCGUCUGGGAUCUUACUUCAGGCGCCUGUGUCUAUGGAAUCCAGGCUCACGAUGGAGCCAUUGUGUCACUAGUCUGUUCACCAAGUUAUGUAAUAUCUCUUGGUGCAGAUGAAAGACUUUGCAUAUGGGAGAGGUUCCAGGGGCAUCUCCUAAAUUCCAUUAAUGUGAUGUAUGCCUAUUCAAUUCUCUUGAUGCUCACACCAUCGUUGUUGAUAACAACUAAACCAGGUUCACUAAUAGUGUGGGAUGUGCGAACGGGCGAACCAACGCGGGAAGUAAAGUUAGAAAAUGGAAAUUCCCAAUUAUGCCCGAGGUUGAUUUUGGCAUCAUCAGACUGUGUUAUAUGUGAUUAUGGGAAUGAGCUACGGAUUGUUCGUUUUCCCUUAACAGCAGAUAAGGUUGAUUAGAACAGGGAUGGGUGGACUAGACACACAAAAAAUGUAUAGGUAAUGAAAAGACUUUCAAAAGAAAUAAUAAUUUUACUGUGUCAUCGCAUUAUCAAGUGUUUUCUUUUUUAUGUCUUGUGAAAAAAAAAAUUGAGGAAAAUCUUGAUUUACAAACUCUCCUUUUUCUUUCAUUUUUUUUUAAAUAACUAAAUGUACCUAUAUUCAAAAAUCAUGAACAAAAAAUUUUUAUAUGUAGGUAGCUAAAAUGUAUUUAAGAUUAGAUGUGUACCAAAAUAAAUUUUUCUCGCGUAAAAAAUAUGUUAGCAUGAUUUUAGAGAGAGUAUAGUAAUAAAAUGAGAAAAAUUGUUAA